AUGGCAAAAGAGUCUUGCAUCGUCAUCGCGAGCACGGUCGUAAUUUCCGGCUUGGCAUUCUUAUGGACGAAGUACAGGAACCACGGCCGCAGCGCUCGUUCAUUCCUUGCAGAGGAUAAUGUAGUCCUAGUCACAGGAGGAUUGAGUGGACUGGGACGCGAGAUCGUGCAGUUGUACCGGGCCAAAGGUGCCAAGGUGGCCAUUCUAGAUAUCAAAGAUGAGGCCAGCUUGCCGGAGGUACCAGGCACCUCAGCUAGCAAAUACUACAAGUGCGAUGUGUCGGAUAACAGCGAGGUCGAGGCGAUCUUGAAGAAAGUCGGGGUGGAACUAGGAAACCCGGACAUCCUCAUCAACUGUGCAGCAAUGCCAAUCAACCGACUUCCAUUUUACGAACUCCAAUCCGUAUCCUUCGCAAAAACGAUCGCCACGAAUUUGCUCGGGCCGGUAAACAUGACCUGUGCUGUUCUCCCGAUGUUGAUGCAGAGUCCAAAGCGUUCUAGUAUCGUCAAUAUCAGCUCUGUUGUGGCACACCUGUACCCCGCGGGCCUGUCGGAUUAUGCCUCUAGCAAAGCAGGACUCAGUGCCUUACAUCACUGUCUGGAAGCAGAAGCUCGCUGGUUGGGGUAUCAUAAGCAGAUCGAAUUCUUCCUUGUGGAGGUUGGACAGAUGGACACCCCAUUGUUUAGCUGGAUAAAGCCCCCGAACUCCUUGCUGGCACCGGUACUUGAACCUAAAUAUGUUGCGGAGAAAAUUGUAGGUGCUGUUAGCUCGGGGGGUGGAGGAGUCAUCCGGCUGCCGAUGUACGCAUCCUGGGUGUGCGGGUAUGACAUGCUUCCUGUCCGGGUACAGCGUUUCGCUAGGUACGUUAUGGGUGUUGAUGAAGCUAUGACACAUAGUAAAUAG